AUGGGGAACAUCCUGAGGUCCCUUCAGCCCCAGCAGCAGCAGCAGCAGGAGGAGGAACCCCUGGAUCCCCAUGGCCUCGCGCCGGCCGCCGCCGCCAUCGCCGCCCUGACGUGCGACCUCAGCAGCUUUGAAUCCUCAUCCAUGGUUCCGGAAGGGCUCGGACAGCACGUCACUUCGUCCCAGAAAGCACAGAUUAAUUGGUACAAGUGUAUUUUGGAAGCAUACAGGAACACAACCCCACCGAGAACACCAGCAGAGGCUGCCCAGCUAGUUGCGACAGCCCUAAACUGGAUCCCAAGAGUUGAUUUGGAGGCUAUUCUUGAAUUUUACAACUUCCCGAUCCCAACAAGCGAAGCAGCAUUCUCAAACCAACUUCCAACGGCACUUCCAGAUGGCGUGCAGUUUGUGCUGAACACUUUGCCGUGCUUUACACCAGCAUGGACAAAUGCUGUUUCUCAUAAUCACUAUGGUUCUCAGGUUAAUGCAAAGUGCAUUGGAGAUGGUGAUGGCUUUACUGCUUAUGUUGCUGUAAUGGAUGAUCCCAGGGAGUCGGCAAAUGUACCACAAAAAGUGUAUGAGAUGGUGACUGAAAGGACUCAAGCACGCAUCCGUAGGGAUUACGACAGGGCUGAUACUCUUCGGAGUACCAUUGACGAAGCUGGAUACAAGUAUUAA